GUGACCGGAUUUGUCCCUCCUCUCGUUCUGGAGACGAACACUCUGGUCAUGAGACUGAGACACAGUGUGAGUCUGCUGCUGCUGACGAUAAUGAUCCUGCUGGACUUCACAAACUAUGUUUGGACGCUGCCACCUCCCAGCAGAGUCUCCAUGGAGUCUGUUGACAUGAGACACGUACUGAGGUGGCGCCCACUGCAGGCUCCCUGCAACACUGCAGUCCGGUACUCUGUUCAGUUCCAGGGGGAGUUUGAGCUGACGGUGCUGAACGGCAGCUGGGUUGAUGCUCCUGAGUGCCAGCAGACUCCUCACACUCACUGUGACCUGACCUACGACCUGGGCUCCGACUCCGACUACAACCUCCACGUCCGAGCACAGUGCGGGUCCCAGCUGUCGCCCUGGACCCAACUCAGCCCACCUUUCAACCGCAGAGACACGGUCCUGAUGGCGCCGGAGAUGGUGGUGACGGCGAUGGGCGACGCCCUCCAGGUGUCGUUUGAGAAGCUUCCUCUCACUGCUGUCGUCAGUGUGACGAUGUGGAAGAGAGGCAACGAGCAGCAGACUGCUGUGUAUACGAUGUCGGCUGAGCAGAAGAUGCUGCACUUCAACGCCCUGCAGGAGGGAGCGGUGUACUGCAUCAAAGCUCAGACUGUCCUGCACACACAGAUUCACAGCAGCAACACCGACACCCAGUGUGUGUCCAUCACAGGUCCAGACGCUCCGUGGAAGAGCCAGACCGCUGUGACUGUGACUGUUAUCAUCAUGGCAGGUCUUCUGUUUGCUGUGUUCUGGUUCAUCGUUCACUGUCGUCCAGAUGCUUGUCGAACGUAUUUCCAAAAAGAGCCACUGGUCCACUCACUGGAACAGGAUUGGGACAUUCAAAUCCCGAUGAGCCCUGAGAAGGUGGAGCUUUGUGAGCAGAUCCAUGUGGUGCAGAGAGUCGACUCUCAAACCUAGAAGAGUCACUGCACCUGUGGAAGAUGAAAGUACGGAACUUUUAUACGUCGUGGGAAAAAAAGGAAAGGAAAACAACAAGGAAACUAUUUCUAAGCACAGCUGAGCUUUGUAAACCAGGCCAGCGCAAAUGUUUCAUGACUGCGAGCCUCUGCUGCUCCCUGGUUUAAUGACAAUGAACUGACCUGUAUCGGGCACCUUGGAGACUGUCCAAAAACUUUUGUUCACAUUCAAGUGACAAAGCCUCUACGGGAGCCGAAGGAAUAAUGACUCUUGUCUGCCGGGAUGGAUGUACUUUGAGUUAUUAACACAUCCUUUAAAUGUACAUUUAAUUAAUCAAUAUCAGUUUUUAAAAUGAUAGUUAUGUUUGUUAAGUCUAUUUAUUCUAGUGCACACUCCCAGUGCCUGAAGUACACCAAAAAAGGUGCCUGCAGCCCAAUUCAACACAACCCUAACCCUAAAUAUUUUGGUGUUUUUUAGCCUUUUUAAAAAGAAAUUCAGUGCUGUUUUCUUUGCGUUAAGCUAGCUAGCAGUGUAUGCGG